GCCGCCCUCGCCCACUCAGAAGGCUCGCACAGCCUCGCCGAGGAAGUCUUCGAACGCCAACAAUGGCUGAGGAUGAAACCCCGAAGCGUCGAGUCUUGCGCUGCCGAGCUACAACGGAGAGGGUUUGCAGACGCGGGGAUUGCGAGGAGGAGAGAAAUUGCAAGAAGUAUACAGGAAGAAAAGAGAAGACGUGAUCUGGAAGAUUAUACCUUUUCCCAUUUCGCGUUUCCUCCGGAGGAUGCUAUCGAUAAUGAGAAUUUGUUAUUUGAGGAUAAGAGCGGAGGUUGCGUGCUGACACCGGAGGUUGACGGCUUGGGACAUUUCAUCGCCGGCGAACAAAUACGAUCGGAUAUAGCGGAGAAUCAGGCAGGCGUGCCCAUGAAGUUGGAGAUACAAAUCAUUGAUACACGCAAUUGCCAACCUAUUCCCGACGUCUAUCUCGAAGUCUACCACUGCAACGCCACCGGAGUAUACUCAGGCGUACAGGCUCAAGGGAAUGGCAAUGCAGAUGACGCAUCCAAUCUCGACGCUACCUUUGGGAGAGGAAUUCAGCAAACUGACAGCAACGGCGUAGUAACCUUCAACACCAUCUUCCCAGGCCACUACUACGGCGUCGCCCCACACAUCCACAUCCUCACCCACAGCAGCAACGACCCCGUCAUCGCCCCCACCGACGACGGAAUCCACGUCCUCCAAGCCACACACAACGGGCGCAUUUUCUUCGAUCAAGACCUCAUCAACAGCGUAGAAUCUCAAGCGCCAUAUCAUGACAAUACGCAACCUUUGACGUUGAAUCAGGAUGAUCCUGUUUUGACGCAGGAGGCCGAGGUGACGGAUCCGUAUGUGAAAUAUGUCCUGCUGGGUCAGGGCGGUGUGCAAGAUGGGAUUUUGGCGUGGAUUACUGUUGGCGUGGAUCCGAGUGUGGUGCAUCCGAUGCAGUAUGAGGGAAAUGGGAGGGCGGGGAAUGGAGGGGCUGGGGUGGGAUUGAGGAGGGGGUGA